UGCUGCUUGUCGUGCGUGCACGGUGUCUUAUUUUUUCACCUUCCGCCGUUCCGUUCCGAUGCGUGAUUUCGAUUGAGGUAACGAAAAAAACCAGUUCCAGCUUUGCAUUGACCUUGCGGUUGCUGUAAAUUACCUUCACUUGCUUGGUUCACUUGGAUUUCAACAACAAUCAGCAUCAGUCAGCAGCAGCACCAGCAUCAGUAGUGAACAAGUGGUGCGUAUCGCCGUCGUCGACAUCAGCAGCUGGAGGAGAAUGUGAUUUUUUGUUUUCGAGGUCAAGGAAAUGUCGUCGCACGUCAACCGUAGUAGUAGCAAAUCUAGCAUCAGCGCCAGCAGCAUCCGCGAUUGCAGCAAACAUCUGUCCGUGUACUGCCAGCUCAAUCAGAGUAGGCGGAUGAAAAUAGUGCUAACUUGGUGCCAGUUUUCAGCAGUGACAGUGACAAGUGACGUUGCGGUGUUGUGAAAAAUUCCAAUUUCUGGAUAGUUGAAAACCGCGGAUUUGCCACCCAAGUACCAGCUGCGGCACUCGAAAAAAACGGAGUUAUUUUUUCUUCCUUCCAACAACUUGUUUACAAGCAGAAAUACGAUGUUGCCUGUUGAAGGAAGCAGGUUCUAGGUUUUCCUUACCAGAAGAGCAUGUGCUGACUAGAGCUGGUGCUCCUGCGCGGGUUUUGCCCCCGUUCCCCGUCCUUUCCAUUUUUUUUUUGUAUUUCUGUACGUGUGUACCCCCGUGACAGACGUAAAAUCAUAUCGCGUGCGGCAUUUCGGACCAGCACAAAAAAAGUAAAACAAGCAGCAGCAAGUGAAGCAAAAGAACCGAAAAGCUAGACACAGCACGGCACGGUCGAGUCACACACAUCUCUCAGUACGGUGACAGACAUGAAAUCGGACAGACGGCCCCCGGCUGCGCGGAUCACCAGCGGGAACGGAGAAACGGAAACUGACCACACCGCGGUUCGCGAAGCUAGUGAAGGUAAAAGUGAGAUGAUUUUUGGCCCUGUUCCGACCGUUCUUCCUAUCGUCCGUCAUUCCAAUUGUCGAUCGAAACCACAACGGCAGUCUAUCAGCUGAGCUCAACGGUUUAGGACUCUAGUAACAACGAUGGCAGCCUCCGAUGGGCAAUCCACUCAGCCCCCCAAUGGUAAUAAUCCAAUGCUGGCCGACGAAGAAAGUGAUACUAUUAGUGAGAGUGUAGCUUUAGAGAACCUUGCGAGGUUCAAAACCGACUUAGUGGAAUUCUUGGGCGAGCUGUAUUGCCCGGAUCAACCGUGGGAUGUGGUUAUGUUCGAGGGAUACGGUCGGGGUUUGGUGGCGACACGUGAUAUCUCGACCGAUGAGUUGAUCUUCUUGGAUCGACCAAUCCUGCUUGGUCCACGGGUCAACAAUUACGAUGUGAUAUUCUGUGCCAGCUGUUGUAGAAUACAGAAAAAGUUGACCAUUUGUAGCGGAGGCUGCCGUCUGCCAAUUUGCGCGGAUUGCGACCCGAGUGCGGCUGCCGAAACUCGCCACACCAAAGAAUGCAAAAUAAUCAACUCCUGGCAGCCGAAAGACCCCAGACGCUACUGCAAAUCCAUCCUCUACGCCAUGACACCUAUCCGAGCGCUUCUGCUGAAUGACCGCGAUCGUGCGAUCGUUCUCGGCAUGGAAGGUCAUCAACCGCGGAAAGACAUGGUCACCGAAAUCGAGUGGCUUUUGAAGAAGAACGUUUUCGAAAAUCUUCCGGUGGAUGGUUCCCAGGUCGAGUUUCUUCGGCAGGUGGUGAACGUUCUGAACACGAAUGCUUUCGAAACCAGCUGUAUUGUUCCGGAUCAGGAAAACAAUGAUCACGAAAUCUUCCAGCGUGGGUUGUAUAUACUGGGAGCUUUGAUGAACCAUCGCUGUCUGCCGAACACGCGGUACGUGUUCGAUGAACGCUUGGUAAUGCGUUGCUAUGCCUCGAAACCGAUCCGCCAGGGAGAGCAAAUCUUUAACAACUAUUCGCGGACAUUGUGGGGCACCCAGCAUCGAAUUAUUCAGCUCUGCUUCUCGAAGCACUUCCUGUGUGGCUGCCGACGCUGUCGCGAUCCGACGGAGCUCGGAACCUAUUUGGGUGCGUUGAAGUGUGUUCGCGAGCGAUGCGCCGAAGGUCGAAUGCUUCCGUUGAACCCGCUGAAGGUGGCCUCCGUGUGGCAGUGCGAUGCCUGCGGGUCGAAAAUGGACAACGUGAGGAUUACCAAAAUCCAGGAAAUUGCCGGCCGAGUUGUGCUGAAUAAUGUCGUCAAGAAGGAGCCGGAUUAUAUCGUGCAAUAUCUGAAGGAACAAGCGGUUCGAUUUCUGCUGCCGUGCAAUCAGUUUACGGUGGAGCUGAAGCUUCAAGCGAUCCGGAAGAUUCAACAGGAUGUCAGCAUGGAGCUGCUGGUGGAGAAGGAGAACUUCUGUGGCGAAAUUUUAGCCAUCCUAGCUAAGCUGGACUACGGCGAGUGCUACGUGAAGGGAGUGCUCUGCUACGAACUGUUCAAAGUGAGGAUGGUGCUUGCAGGGCUACGAGAUGAGCGACAGUCUUUCCCGGAUCAUGCGGCCCUGGCGCAUUUGCGGACUGCUUGGACAAUCCUAGGUUUCAGUGGCAAUCGGCCACGCGAUUUGGACCAACUAGCGCAGUGUUACGGUUGCAAAAUAUGACAGCCAGCGGCUAAUCGAUUGCAUUGAAUUCUAUAGCAAACGAAACAGCAAACAAAAACACUAAUUCGACUGACGGUUGUGCUUCCGUCGUAGUAGGCUACGACUUUUAUUUUGGUGAUGUGAAUUGAGACACUAACAAAAUGGUUGUUAAGAAAAACACCAUCCCAGCAUACGACACCACAAAAAAAUGAUAAAAGCACCGAUCACACAAUCAUUCGCACGCGAGAAAGCCCCACUCAAGCGCACUCUGGCAAAUAUGGACAGCCGAUCGAACACUAAAGGGGGCUUAUCGCACAAAUCCAAUCGAGAAUCGAAUAUAUAUCACGUUUGCAUUUAGGACAAUUUUGCCAUUCGGCGCAAGUUUAGCUUUACAAAGCUGGAAGGCUUGGAGGAAGAACGUCGUACCGCUUCGGUACGUUGACUACUUUUACAUCGUUUGUUCUAAACCGUUGUGAUUCUCUAGUACAGGUUUCCUAUAUAUCUAUAAAUAUUGACAGUAGUAAGAGAAAAAAAAAUCAUCGCAAAAACUAUUUAACUCAACCCUCAUCGACGCACAAAGACUGGCACUUUAUUGCACAACAUUUGCUAUUGUUACAUAUUUUUACACCUUCUCACUUUUACUUCGUUGAUAUUUUGUUCAAGUUUCGAAAAUUCUGUUUAACUCUAACUUUAACGAAAAUUCAAAUUUCCACAACAGUAAUUGAACACAUAUGAAAACAAGGAAUUUGACAAAGAAAACGAAAAACUGCUCGAGCGAAUCGAGCGUCAUCCUAAAAUCUGAUCGAGAAAUAGAUAUUUUUAACCUCGAUAGAGCGUGGAACAAAAAAAAACACGAAAAAUCCCCUUAAAAUAAUAAUGAAUUCCCUACUUACUCGUCUGCCUUCUCUGCCUAGUCAAAUUCCCAAAAAAUAACAAUAUUGCUUCAGUAGAAACCGAAGAAAGAUAGUCAGUCCGGGAAGAAUGAAAACAGAAAACUCACGAAAGAGAAAACGCUGGUGGAGUUUUCUCCCCUAUUUUCUUAAUACACCAUAUAAUCCAAUAUCGAAAAAAAAAUCUCACUACGUUUUGGCUCAAUUUUCGUAAUAGUAGAAUAAAACCAUCGAUAAAAGAGGUUGAACAGAAACUAAA